AUGAGUACUAGCAAUCGCGAUUUGGGAUCAAGACAAACAUGUCUCGCUUCUGAAACAAGCCACCAUGCCUCACGAUUGCAUAUCUUACCGCAGGGCAAUCACUUGUUGAGUCUGAUGACUAUCCUCCGUGAUUCGAAGACAAGUGUCGCAACAUUUGCUGAGGUUACGGAAAGAGUGGGUGAUCAACUUAUAAGUGCCGCGCUCGACCUACUUCCUAUUCAAGAGACAAAUGUCCUCAGCCCAACUGGGGUCGAAUAUCAAGGUGCACGUGAGGCUGUGGAGGUAUGCGGAGUGAGCAUUCUUCGGGCAGGGGCGAGCCUUGAGAAUUCCAUGCGCCGAGGAUAUACCAUAGAAGAGCAGAACUUGAUUCUUCAUUAUAAAGUGGUCCUCUCAGCUUUGGGAAAAUUCUGGUUCAACGAGACGAGUCAACCAGUCUUCCUACACUAUAUUACUCCAAGUUCCCAGCUGGGAUCUCUUCGAAAGGUUUGCGAUUUAGACGUGAGAGAAUCUCAAGAGAAAGAGCAUGACUAA